AUGCAUACAGUAGUGGGGGAUGGGGCUCAAACGAGGUUCUGGAAGGAUGUUUGGUGCUCAGAUAUUCCUCUUAGGGAGCGAUUUGGGAGACUCUUUGCCUUGGCCCUUAAUCAAGAUGCUCGGUGUUCGGUUGCCGAUCAGGUUUGGAGUCGGGUUGGGCAUUGGCUUCACUUGGACCUUCCUGCUUUUUCUUCUAUCCGUGAUGUGGUGGAUUGGGUGGAUUCUAGACCGAUGGUUCAUAUGGAGCGCUCGACUGUAGAGUCGGUGUUUAUGGUGGUCAUAUGGGUGCUUUGGACGCACAUGGUACACCACCCCUUUUUGCAAAUAAAUUCUAAAAACUCUCCAUUUGGCUCACAAAGAAACAAUAAACUUUUCUUGAAAGAGGCGACUUCUAUCAGGGUUUUAGCGCACAGACAGAAACGCGUCAGUCUUAAGAACAUGGCUAGCAGUAGUGUUGUCGGCGUGUCAACUCUCCAUGACAAAGAUGAGAGCUAUCUUAACUCUGAAAAAUACGCCGAAGAACUGCAACUUCAAGAGGCGCUCAUAUAUUCAGAAGCAUCAAUAUCAUCCUCUUCAUCCCAACAGGAUGCAUCAUCAUCAUCCGAAAACGAUGCAUCAUCAAUAUCAUCAUCAUCAUCCCAAAAUGAUACAUCAUCAACGCCAUCGUCAGCAUCUCAAAAUGAUGCAUCAUCAACAUCAUCGUCGUCGUCAUCCUUAAAGGAUUCAUCAUCAUCAGCAGCAUCAUCAAUUCCAGCAACGUCCACACCUACACAUGCAUUAAAGAUGAAGGAGCCAGUGGUGACAUCUGAUGCAUCCCAAUCAUCCGAGAGCUUCUUCUGUGACAUUUGCAUGGACACAAAGUCCUCAUCAGAAAUGUUUUCAAACGCAACAGUUUGCGGCCAUCUGUACUGUUCUGACUGUAUAUCCGGACACGUAUCUGCGAAGAUUAAAGAGAACAUCACGAAUGUGAAGUGUCCGGACCCAAAAUGCAAAGAGGUAAUUGGCCCUGAACAUUGUCGAGCCAUAGUCCCAAAAGAAGUACUUGAAAGGUGGGAGGAAGCUUUGUGCGAGUCUUUGAUCCUGGGUUCUGAGAAAUUCUACUGCCCGUUUAAAGAUUGUUCAGUCAUGUUGGUGGAUGAUGGUGGAGAGUCUGUGACAUCGUCAGAAUGCCCAAACUGCCACAGAUUGUUUUGUGCGCAGUGUAAGGUGGCAUGGCAUUCAGAGAUGGAUUGUACUGAGUUUCAAAGCCUAAAUGAAGAUGAGAGAAAUCCAGAGGAUAUAAUGUUGAUGCAGCUUGCCAAGAGCAAAGAAUGGAGAAGGUGCCCAAGCUGCAAUAUUAUUGUUGAAAAACAAGAAGGUUGUCAUCGCAUUUCUUGCAGAUGUGGGAAUCAUUUUUGUUAUGGAUGUGGGAAAAUACAUAUUGGAAGCUAUGCUUGUGAUGUUUGAUUUGGCAUGAUGGUGUUGUGUAGAAUUUUUGAGUAAAGGGAUUUAUUUAUCAUUUUAAACCCAUAACUAAAGUGAUACAUUCU